AUAAGUAACAAUAGAGUGUGAUUCUUUAAAAAUGAUAUCAACAAUUUAGUUAUAACUUGUAUACAUUUGUUUACGUUUCCAAGGUUGCUCAGCCAAGUUUCCCUAGAAAUUUAAAGGGAUUCCCAGUAUUACGAAUCAGCUGUUUCAUUCAGUGAUAAUUCAAACACGUAUAGCUAAUUAUAAAUACAAAGCUAAUAUUUUCUUGCGAAAGUUAUAUGUAAUAUUUCAUAAGGAAACAGUAUGAGAUUACUGUAAAAUACUUAAGAUUGUUAUAAAAUUAUUAAAUAUGUUUAAUACAGAAAAAGAUAUUCCGUAUUUAAGUUAUAAUAGUGAUAAUUUUCAUUUAUUGAUCGAUGAAAAUGAAAAUGAAUCAGAAUUUGAUAUACAAUUAAAGCGAGCAUGGGAAAAGGCUGAAAAAAAUGGAGCGUUUAGAUAUAAAUUAAAUAUUAGUAAUUGGAAAAUAAUCGAAGGAUCUUAUAAAUAUUUAGUUCAGUUUAAUCCUGAAAGAGGAUCUAAUAGACGAACACCUGAACAUAUUACAACAAUGUCAAUGCCAUUUGAUUCAACUAAAUUUAAUUUCACCAAAUUACAAAAAAAUGAAAUAAUGUUUAAAAUAAAUGAUGAAGAGGACAGUGAUAUUAUAGCAGUUAACAAUAGUCCUUUGGAAUGGUGUCAUUCUUUAUUAAUUGUUAAAUAUUUACAAUGUCUACCUCAGACAAUUACCCAGUAUAGUCUUCAAAAAGCAUUCGAAAUGUUGCUGUUAAGCAACUCACCGUACCUCAGAAUAGCAUACAAUGGUUUGUGUGCUUUUUCUUCUGUCAAUCAUUUGCACUGGCAUUUAUAUUACCUCAAGCACAAGAUGUUUCUUGAAUAUAUUGAUGUACAACCAUAUGAAGGUUCUUUGUUUCUUUUAGAAAAUUUUCCUAGUAAAGGAUUUUGUUUUAAAUUAUCAUCAUCAAAGAAUUUAGAAACUUUAAUAACUUCAAUAUUUUUAUUUGUAAAUUAUCUUAUAAAACAUCAAAUCCCACAUAAUGUAUUUAUUACAAGAGCAAAAACUACGCAUUUGAAAAAAGAAUACGACGAUGUACGAGCAUAUGUUUGGGCAAGAAAGCCACAAGCUGGUGUAAAAGAUACAAUUUUGAUGAAACCAGCUGCGUGCGAAUUCUUUGGACACAUAAUUAUUAGUUCGGAAGAAAAAUAUGAAAAUGUGACGGAAGAGAUGAUAAUAGAAAUGAUUGAUAAUGCAACAAGAGAGCCUUAUUUGUUAAUUAAAAAAGAUUUACAUAAAAUAAUAAACAAUCAAAUAACAAAUAACGAUAAGUAAUAUCUUUAGUUAUUUGUAAAAAGAUGUAGAGAAAAAAAAAAGGAAU